AUGUGCAUAGCUGAGACAAGCGAAUCAACUGAAGAAAACCUGCUGUUUAUGGGGGAGCCCACGGCGCCUUGGGCUGAUAUGACACCUGCCAGUUGUUCUACAAGGCUCAGCAUAUGGAAGAACUUUGGGAUGGCAGAGUUUCAGAUGUCUCAGUGUGAAGAACCAGAAAACUACCAGAAGAUCAAAACUUUACGCACUUGA